UCUGAAACGGGAGUGACUUGAAGCCACGUCAGGGACGGCGCUAGCCCUCCCGGUGUGCGGCCGGCCGCUGCGGCUGAUUGAAGCCUCCGCCGCCGUCUUGGCUUCGGGCAGUCCAGCGAGGCAGCCGGGCGCUGCUCCUGUCGCCUUCCAUCUUACCGUGGCCAAGAGGCGUCGGAGAGAGCGCGGUCCGGCCCCGCCGCGGCGGCUAUCAAGAAAUGAAGGUUAGGACAUCGUGUGUUGGACUGCGAAAUCUUCUCCAAGGGCUGAGCUACAGUGUCAGAUACUACUCUAAGCGUAGCUGUCUUCAAACAGUAUGUUUUUAUAGUAAAAUAAAACCAAAACAAUGCUGCAUCCUGGACUGUUCAGGAAGUACAUGCAUGCACAGGACUCUGCCACCUGGAAGCAUCCUGCCGUGGAGAUGCUUUUCCUGCAAGAUCUCUUGCCUCUGUGAAGACAAACCAGGAACAAACCAAUGGUACUUGAUGAAAAGUGAGGAUGAGGUAAAACAGGAAGGAACAAAAAUCCCUUCCAAAAGGAAGCAAAAUGCAUCCCUAACAACAUCAGGCCUUUCAUACAAGAACCUUCUGAAAUCAGAGCAGGAAAACUGGAAUGACAUUUCAGCAAGAUACAAAGCUAUGACAAAGAGAAUCAAGGAAAAAUUAGAAGAGUUACACGAUAAGUAUACGUUCAAUCUGGAAAGUCCACGGAUCAGGUUUGGAGAGAAUGUGUACUUUGAAGAGAAUGGCUGCAUAUUUCUUUCAAAAGCAGAUGAUGUAGAUGAAGAAAAUGCUGACAUUGUAUUCAAUACUGAAGAUCUUGGCUUUUCUGAUGCCUUUAUUCAACGUAUCAGAAUUUCACCAGAUCAGACAUACAUGGCCAUCAGCUUAAAAAGUGAAAACUCUGAAGAGGCAACCUGCGUUGUUAUGAAACUUGGUCAUUUUCCUGUUGUGGAAAAAGUCAUUCCAAGUGUAUUUAGUUUUGAAUGGGCUGCAAAUGAUGUUCUGUAUUACACAAGUCAGAAGAACCUUAAAUGCCAGAACGUGUUUAUGACCACUUUCACUAAUCAGAAACAUACUAAGUUAGUUUAUACAGAACAAGAUGCAAGGUUUUUUGUGGACAUACAUUGCACAAAAGACAGGCGUUUUCUCACUAUCAACAGCAACAGCAAGACCACCUCAGAAGUUUGGCUGGUUGACUGUAGGCAUCCUUUUAAGUCACCUGCUCUUGUACAAGCACGAACAAAAGGGGUCAUUUACCACAUUGAACACAGAAAUGACGAGUUAUAUGUUCUUACUACAUAUGGAGAACCUGCAGAAUAUAAGCUGAUGAAGGCACCGGUAGCUGCCAGUGGCAAGGAGAACUGGCAGUUGGUUUAUGCACUGGAAAAGAAAACCAAGCUAGUAGAUUUGGAGAUGUUCAGUGAUCACUGUAUUAUGUUCCUGAAGAAUGCCGGUCAUCUUUACUUAAAUGUGAUUUCUUUUGUUUCACAUUCAGUUCAGUCAAUAAAGCUACCUACAUGGGCCUGUGAAUUUGAAUUGGAAUCUCAACCUGAACAUACCACCAGCACUUGCUAUUUUCAGCUCAUGUCCCCGGUACACCCCCCUAAGCGUUUUGCAUAUUCAUUUAAAGAAAAUAAUCUCAUUGAACCAGCUGUGCAAGAGGUACCAAUUAUUACGAAUUGUCACACUACACGUUUACUAGCUAAAAGCAAGGAUGAAACAUUGGUGCCAAUUACAGUUUUUCAUAAUAUGAAUUCUAAAGAGCUACACAGGAAACCACUUCUCGUUCAUGUAUAUGGAGCUUAUGGCAUAGAUUUGAACAUGAGCUUUAAAGAAGACAAGCUGUUGUUAAUUGAGGAGGGCUGGAUAUUAGCAUAUUGCCAUGUUAGGGGUGGAGGAGAGCUAGGCCUUAGCUGGCACAAAGAUGGGUGUCAGCAUAAUAAACUCAAAGGGCUCCAUGACCUUAAGGCUUGCAUCAUGCUGCUGCACGAGCUAGGAUUUUCUCAGCCAAAAUACACAGCACUAGCAGCUGCCAGUGCUGGAGGAGUUCUUGCAGGAGCCCUGUGCAACACUGCUCCAGAACUCAUCAGAGCCAUGGUUUUACAGGCUCCUUUCGUAGAUGUCCUAAAUACAAUGAUGAAAACUCAUCUCCCACUGACAAUUGAAGAACAGGAGGAAUGGGGAAAUCCAUUAGCAGAUGAAAAAUGUAUGAAGUAUAUCAAAAGCUAUUGCCCAUACCAGAAUAUUAAGCCACAGUGUUACCCUUCAGUUUUUAUCACGGCAUAUGAAAAUGAUCAACGGGUACCACUAACAGGAGUUUUACGAUAUGUUCAGAAACUUAGGAAGGCUGCACUAGAUCAUGCCAGCAGAACAAAUGAGAAAGGAAAUUGGAUCCCUAAUAUCAUCUUAGACAUCCAGGCAAGCGGCAGUCAUUGCGAUUCAUCUUGGGAGGAUUCACUGAAUGAGAUAUAAAAGAGCCAGUGACAGAGCCAUAGUAUUUAACCUCAUCAUGCCUUAAGACCCAAAAUAGUGUUAAAUGCCCAUUGUAAUGUGCUGAGAACUUUGGAUUAAAGUUUCUAAGUUGUGCAAAACAUCGUACCAGCAGGAAGAGUCAUGAACUGUAGAGCAGUAAGU